UCGUUUCCUCUGCGACAGAAACACCGUGCAUGUAGCAGCAGUUUCAAGCUACUUUAUUGGCUUUUGCUGCUCGCUGCCAGAUUGAAAUGAUAAUGCCAGGAUCGUCGAUGACUCUGUGAGUAGUAAUAUUAAUAUCUGAACAGAAAAGGGACGUCUGGAGGGUGUCAAACUCCAACAGCUAUGUCCCCGCUGGUGUAAAAAUAGUGGGCUAGCUAGCUAUCGUUAGCUAAACUUGGUGAUUAGCUGCUUCGUGUGGUUUUCAGGUGACUAUGUGACCGCCAGUCGUGUCUCGGUGGUGUGCCGUUGUGUGGAGCAGUGCAUGUUCCUACCGCAGGGUGUGGAGGAGGGCAGGCGGAGGGUCUGAGCUGUGUAUUGGCGGCUGUCGGUGUCCGGGAUGGAGACCUGGACCCCUAACCCCCGAGCCAAGCCCUUCAUCCCACGUCAACAAAGGAGCUUGUACCUCACCUGGAAAUACAAACUAACCAACAAGAGGACGAUUCGUCGGUUCUGCCAGGCCGGUGCUGUGCUCUUUCUGCUGAUAACUGUCAUAGUCAACAUUAAACUCAUCUUGGACACGAGAAGAGUUGCUAAUGAAGAUGCAGCAGCCCAAGAAUAUGAGGAUGCCGUACCCAACAUGGAGACACCACGCAGGCCGGCUAAUGGACGCAAGGUCCUGGACAUUGAGGUGUACUCCAGCCGUUCCAAGGUCUACGUGGCAGUGGAUGGAACCACCGUUUUGGAGGAUGACAUGCGGGAGCAAGGCAGAGGCAUCCAUGUGAUCGUUCUCAACCAGGCAACUGGUCAUGUCAUGGCCAAGAGGAUAUUUGACACCUACUCUCCCCAUGAGGACGAAGCCAUGAUCCUCUUCCUCAACAUGGUGACCCGCGGCCGAGUCCUCAUCUUUACCAUCAAGGAUGAGGGAACGUUCCACCUCAAAGACGCUGCCAAGAACCUGCUGAAGAGUCUCGGCAGCCAGGCGUCCCUCAACCUCAGCUGGAGGGACAUGUGGACGCUCGUGGUGAAGAAAGGAGGUCAAGUGUACGGAGAGAAGCACUCCAAGUCUCCAGCUCUGUCCACAUGGGGAGACCCGGUAUUGCUGAAGACCGAGGUGCAGCUGACCGCCUCCGAAGAGGCAGAGUGCCACUGGGCCGACACUGAACUGAACCGGAGGAGGAAGCUCUUCUGCAGCAAAGUGGAAGGAUACGGCAGCAUCUGCAGCUGCAAGGACCCGGCGCCCAUAGAGUUCAAUCCUGACCCGCUCCCCAACAAUAACGUCUUCAGUGUCCCGGUGGCUGUGAUCGCAGGGAACAGACCCAACUAUCUCUACCGAAUGCUGAGGUCACUUCUGUCGGCUCACGGCGUCAACCCGCAGAUGAUCACGGUCUUCAUCGAUGGAUACUAUGAGGAGCCGAUGGAUGUUGUUGAGCUGUUUGGGCUGAAGGGAGUUCAACACACACCCAUCAGCAUCAAGAAUGCCAGAGUGUCCCAGCACUACAAAGCCAGUCUGACUGCAACCUUCAAUCUUCACCCAGAAUCCAAUUUUGCCAUCGUCCUGGAGGAAGACCUGGAUAUCUCCAUUGACUUCUUCAGUUUUCUGAGUCAGACCAUCCACCUGUUGGACGAGGACGACAGUCUGUACUGUAUCUCUGCCUGGAACGACCAGGGCUACGAACACACAGCGGAGGACCCGGCCCUGCUCUACAGAGUGGAGAGUAUGCCCGGUCUGGGCUGGGUGCUGAAGAAGAGCCUCUAUAAGGAUGAACUGGAGCCAAAAUGGCCGACGCCUGAGAAGCUGUGGGACUGGGACAUGUGGAUGCGAAUGCCGGAGCAGAGGAAAGGCAGAGAGUGCAUCAUCCCCGAUGUGUCCCGCUCCUACCACUUCGGCAUCAUCGGCCUCAACAUGAACGGAUAUUUCCAUGAGGUGUAUUUCAAGAAGCACAAGUUCAACACUGUUCCCAAUGUGCAGCUGAAGAAUGUCGAUAGCUUGAAGAAAGAUGCUUAUGAAGUGGAAAUCCAGAACCUGUUGAAGGAGGCGGAGGUGCUGGAUCACUCUAAGAAUCCAUGUGAGGACUCGUUCCUGCCGGACUCUGAGGGGAAGAUCUACGUCAUGUUUAUUAAGAUGGAAACGGAGACGGACACAUCCACCUGGACCGAGCUCGCCAAGUGCCUCCAUGUUUGGGACCUGGAUGUGCGAGGGUACCACCACGGCCUGUGGCGGCUCUUCAGAAAGAGGAACCAUGUGCUGGUGGUUGCCGUGCCGAUCUCUCCGUACUCUGUGAAGAAACCAGCCAGUGUCACUCCCAUUCACUUAGAGCCUCCGCCCAAAGAAGAGGGAGCACCGGUGGAACAGAUGUAGACACACACACACACACACACACAGGCCUUAACACUUCUCCUUUCUCCACCAAACCACUAAUAAUCCAGUCUGGGACCCACAACUACAAAACUGGCUUUUUUUUCUUAGAUGUUGAACUUGUGUACGAGAGGAUACCUGGGAAAUGGAGUCCUGUUUUUUUUUACAAACAAAGGAGGGAUUUACACUACAGACUGCACUACUAAACCCGUCCCGUGGGCUGAGGAGGAACGGUGGUGAUGCUGCUUGAACCAGUUUUGGUUAAACGUGACAACAAACCCCAAUCACUGCAUGACUGUCAGCAGCUGUUCUUAUCUUUUUCCAUGACAACACAGUCUGUUUAGGUUUUGUUCAAGCUGUAACGGUACAAAUGAGACAAACACACACUCAACAGUUACUCUUUUAGUUUGUGAUUUUUAAACUACUGAGUGCUUUGUCCAUCUUGUACAUAUGUUUUAAGUUAUCUCUAUUUAUUUUACACCUGUCAGUCAAAAUGAGUUCAGUGGCUUCUUUGCUUUUGUUUUUUAAAUCCACUUUUAUGGAGAUCAGUGCGUUUUUUAAGAGCCUAACGUUUACAGAUAAUAAAAUAAUGAUGUAUAUACAUGCAUAUAUAUUUUUUGAUGAAAAAUUUAAAGGGUCAACAUAUUUUUCAGCAUUAGAUAUUGAGUUUGAGUGAAAGAGUUGAUAACAGCCAUGUAGGUUUUUACUAUUAUUGACUGCCUGGGUCAGUUGCCUCGGAUCAGGCCUCACCAGGGAAAACUCGGUGGUGGCUGAGAGACAGAAAUGUUCGAAAAAAAGUCACAGCUUUAACAACAUAUGCUGGAGUUGGAAACAUAAAUCCAGUCUACUCUGAUUGGACGAUAAUGACGCUUUAAAGCUCCAUAUUUUCCUCUUCUCCAGCGUUUUUGAAGUGUUGAUCCAUAAGAAGAUAUAUUUGUGGUUUUAAGAACCAAAAACCAUCUCAGUAAAGUUUUACAUCUCUCAGGCUUCUCUCUGGAGCUCUAGUACCAAUCAGGUCACUGAGCUAAUCAGGCUGGUUUCAGGCUCAGUGUCUGAAUACAGGCUGUGUGCAUUUCUCUUUGGACUGAGGCUUUGAUACUUUCACAGUAUUAAUAUAGAAGCUAGAGCUGCUUUAUAAUCAAACAACACAUGGACAUCUACCUUUAUAUUGUAUGGACCUUUAAAGUGUUGGGCAUUCGUUAGGGCUGGAUGUUGAACUUCAGCACUGAAUAUCAAAAUCAAUGAAUCUCUGUGUCAUAUCAAAACAACACCAGAACUCAGCUUUGCAUUUACACUACAACAGAAAUUAACUUUGUAUUUUAAAUAUUAUUAACCAAACUGUAAUUGCACUUUGCUGCUUAGUUACCUUAUUUUUCUUUUAGAAAAGCUGAACACAGGCUGCAUAUUUCUAGAUGCAACAUAUGUGUUAAAUCUGUGAGUUGUUUUUCUUUCCCCUGUGAGCGUUGUACAUUUUGGUUUCUCUCAGCCACCACAGAAGCUGGAGGCUCUGACACAUGGCGAUGUCAGCCACGUUAUAGAUUACCGUCAGAGAACUGUCGGAGUUUCACAAAAGAGACAGGUGGAUAUUUAAAAGGGUUCUCAUGUAUUUUAGGACUGAAAACAGAAGCAGUGUUAACUAAUCUUUGUUACGGCUAACGAUGUGAGGGGGUUUUAGUUCUGUUAUUUGCCUUAUUCUUUUGUCAUGGCCUUCAUCUGCGCUGGAGAUGCUGGGAUAUCGCCGGUCAAUCUGAUUCUCCAACAUGAGGCUUUUAAACAGUUAAAAUCUGGAUACUGAAGUCAGUUUUUCUCAUUAUUAAAUCUAAACAUCUUAUUUUUCAGAUGAUACAUCUAAAUGAAUAUUUCAGAAAGAUAAUUGAACAUAUUGAAUUGGUAUGACGGAGUAUUAGAGCCACAUUGAGAGAGGACAAAAAAAAUGAAACUGAGAAUAAAGUCAUAGUUUUGCAAGAAAAAAGCCAUAAAGUUGUAAUUUUAGGUUGCGUGUUUUAGAGGGGAAACAUCAGAAGCUGUAAAGAGAGGAAUGUGGAGCUUCCUGUGAAGUUCUACUUUAGCAGAGGUUUCACAAAUAAGGAGAUACUUCAUCUUUUAGCUCAUGAUCAUCAUCAGCAGCAGCAACAGCUUCAGGAAAUUGAAAAGAUUGUGAAGAAACUGAGUCUAUUCUAUUGUUAGACAGACAAGCAGCAGCUGCCAGAAGCAGCUCAGGCUGACACUGACUGUCCUUUCACCUGUUCGAUUGGUUGAUGUUAUAUUCCUAAAGAUUAUGCUUUUUUCUCUGGAAUGUUUACAUUUUUAAUUCUUGUAAUAUUACGACUUUGUUCUUGAAAUUUCAGAUUUUUUCCCUCCAGUGUGGCCUUAAUACUCCAUCGUAAAUUGGAAAUAAGAGCAGUUAACCUCCCACCAUGAAGCAUCUGUAACUGGUGCAUGAGAACACAGUAUAAUGUAGCUGAAAUGAUACAUGAUGAUAAAUCCUAACAGUGUAUUUACCUGUUUGUACACAACUUGUUAUCAAGCAUCUUCCAUGUGUUGGUGCACUGGUUACUUGCUUCAUACGAGGAGUUAUAAAGUAAUAAACUGCGUACAGAUGUUAACUAGGAGCAGUUUCAAUAAACUGUUCCUUAAAUCAGAGUUGAUCAAAUCCAUGUAGUGUCCGUCCUGUGAAAGAUCCUUGUUUUUUUUUUUUGUUUGUUUUUUAUUAACACUGUGGUCGUCUCCUGCUCCGUCUCAGUGUGUAAGUGACAUUGAACUGACUGAACGAAUGAGUGUGUGAAUGGUGUUUUAAUGCGGCUCGGUCAUUAUUCCACAUGUACCACAUAUUUAUUUACCACCUGCAGUCAGACACCAGCUCUCACUCUGCAGUAUUACAGCCUAUCUACAGCGUAGUGACUGAAUUAAUGAAUAUCUGUGUCCUGGAAAUUUCACUUUUGGUUUAAAGACGGUGAGGAGGUAGACGUAGAGCGGAUAUCCGCCAAAUCAUUUUCUCCCCAGCUCCGCGGUUGAUUUUGUUUAAUGCUGUGACAUUGUUUGGAAAACACUGGGAGGUACGAUGUGUGAGUGACGAUGAGGAUCCGUGGAAGAUGCAGUUUGACAUGUAUGAGUUCCUUUAACUUUUAUCAUGAAAAUGAAUAAAGCUGUUUUUUACUGAG